AUGCUUCUUGGUGGUAUCGGGGAUAUUCUCGGCGGUCAAUUUUCUAUGCCUGAGCCAAAAGAGGUAGUGGUGGUGCGUAGCUAUCCGGUAGCGUCGCCUACGCCAAUCGUUGGUUCUCCCUUGGUUAAUCCUGGUUUUGGCUCAAUGUUUGGGGGCGCACUGAGUUCACUUGAAGAUUCCUUUCAACGCGAGGAGCCUUUGUUGAUCAAUGGAGUAGGGACUUCAUCUCAUUCCCUAUCUUUUGAUGUCACAUCCCGACCGACGGCGAAAAUCACAGGGGUUGCGACGUUUUACAAUUGGAUCACAAGUCAACCACAUAUAUCAAACACUUAA